GAAGGAUAAAUCAGCAGAGACCAUCACCUUCCAACCGCCGAGCAUCGAGCUAUCGGACAAUGCCUCUUCCUUCAGCGCCUAUGCAGCCGUACGGCAGUGUAUCCUGGAGAGGGAGAUCAGAGAGAGGGCUAUCAUCUUAGGGUGCGCGAGUGAUGGAAAGACAGAGGAUGGAAAAGGGGAGGAGGAGGAAGAGAAGGAGGAUGACAAGCUCAUACCACUUCCAAAGGUGGUAGGUCUAGGUCUCCGUAGUGUCUUUGAGUUGAUCCGUCAGACACGUGCGUCCCAUCCAGACUUCUGUGCCAAAGCCCUGCAAGCUCUCCUAGACAUACUCCAAGGUCAAACACCAGAGGGGCUCAGUAAAGAACCUGAUGAUAUCCUUGGGUCUUUAUUUGAGCUUCUGAUGAACCUUGCUACAUCACCCCUUGAGAAUGACACCCAUUCCCUGACCACGCUCAGCAGCGCUUGUCUUCUGAGUCUCAUGGUUGCUAUGGGCAACACGGGUAAACUACUCACAGGCAUCUCGGCUCUACUGAUGAUAGUCGGCCAGAGACCUUCACAGGCUUUACAGGUUCCUUCUAUCAUCGUGGCUCUCCAACGCAGUGUCCAUGCUCUGCUUGUUGGCAAGACACUCUUUCCUGAUUGGUUGACUCUAGGUGUACCAAACCAAUCGCUCAUUGAUACCUGGUCCAUCCCUGGCCUUAGUCUAGAAGCAUCUAAUGCUACAGGUUACAGUGCAAUAGCCAGCGAUGGACGCUAUCUCUACAUACAUGGUGACAAGGGACUGAGAAAGAUUGGAUCAGGCUACUCUGGAACUAUCAGGGGUGAGCUGUAUGCCUGCAAUGAAAGCUUCUACCCUGGUGAGAGAGGGUGGCUAGGAUUCAGUAGAGACCAACUACUCUUCAAAUGUCAAGAAGGGAAUGAAGUCGCAAGGAAUAUGCUGGUGAGAGUAGGGACCACUGACCUCAAGGAACAAGGGCAACUUGCUAUGCCAUCAGUUGCUUGUUCAAACACUGGUCUAUUCUUCAGUGACGGUAUUAAUCUUGGUAUUCUAACUUCAGUGACAGAUGACACAUUUAUAGUACACACCCUUGGUUCCUUGAGCACCUUCUCUCUUGGUGUAGGUGGUGAACUUCAGGCCAAGCUGGCUAGGAAGUGUCUCAUGGCCUACGGUGAGGCCAUGCCGGGAGGUGAAAAAGAUGCCAAAGAAUCAGAAGAAAUAGAUCCAGGCACCAAUGAGGAGAUAGUGAUGGUUGGAACAGGGAAAGAGUUCUCGAUUCUUAGGACAACCUCAGGAAAGGUGUACUUCAUGGGCAAGUCUCAGGGCUUGGGGAUCAAGCAGAGCAGUACCACCCCCGGUCCCAGUAAGUGGACGGAGCUCCCUAUCUCCCGGUCACCUACCAUCGUCCAGUGCAGUACGGGGCAUGAUGGUCAUCAUGUGGUCAUGCUGGCCGACGAUGGGUCAACAUACUUUGCCGGCACGGCCAGGAAAGGUGAAGACGGCGACCAAGCAGUGAAAGGUCGUCGUCAGAUGAAGCCCAUCAAACCGGUGAAGAUGCUGCGCCUGGAUGGUAAACAUGCGGUGCAAUCAGCCUGUAAUAACGGGAGUACUGCAGUGGUUACGAGGGAAGGUGAACUCUACCUGUUUGGGAAAGAUGACCAGAAUACCGAGGCUUCUACAGGUCUUGUGACUGAAUUAAAGGGUACCCCAAUCAAGGAAGUAGCGUUAGGCAAGGCCCAUGUCUGUGCGUUGACCACCAGUGGACAACUGUAUACCUUUGGGAUCAGCAACAAAGGUCAAUGUGGACGAGGGGUCAUUGCUGGACAUCCUGCCAAGGAAGCAACGGAAGAUGAUGUUGAAGAGGAGGAAGUAGAGAAGGAGGAGGAGUCAUGUCAGCAUGAGUUGAUCACCGAUCAAUGCAUGAUCUGUACAUCGUGUGGGGAGUGUACAGGGUACGGGGAUAGCUGUAUUAGGAGUCAGCGGCCAGGGAGGAGGCCUGGACAGAUCUGUGGUUGCGGAUCAGGCGAUGCAGGCUGCAGCAAAUGCGGGAUAUGCAGGGUCUGUAUAGGUGAAGGCAAUGGCGUCAUGGCUGCUGGGGUCGGUCUGAACGCUGCCGGCGAGAACAACCAGGGUAACAAUCGAGGCCGUGGAGGGGGAGGAGGUGGCGGUGGCGGCAAUGUGGUGAUGAUGGGUAAUGGUGCCCCCAAUGAUUGGCUUGGUCAUCUCAGGGAUGCGUUCAACCGGAGGAAGGUCCACCACAGACAGUUGGACUGGGUGCUCGGCAAGGAAAAGGGAAAGGAUGAAGCUAAUAACAGCGGAGAUGAUCGUGAACCUGAGAGAGAUUUUGGCAAACAUAUCAUCCAUCCUCCUGGUGUGGUUACCAUAGGAACGGGACAAACGCCAAUCAAACAAAUCGCAUGUGGUCUACACCAUUCAGUGGUUCUUCUAGAGAAUGGUGAGGUGUUUUCUUUUGGCCUUGGUAACCAUGGUCAAUUAGGACAGAGGGACUCUGCAAACAGAUCAAGUCCAGUGAAGAUGACAAUAGAUGAGAAAGUCACCCAGAUUGCUGCUGGUAGCAGUCAUACAGUGCUUCUCACAGAGACAGGAAGGGUCUUUACGUGUGGUAGCUUUCAGAAAGGGCAGCUAUGCCGACCCGUCCAAGAGGAGAACAAUGCUGCAGGUGCCGUAUCACACACUGUCCCCGCCCCGGUCCCCUCCCUAGGGGUUCGGUGCAGUCGGAGAGCUACGUGGAUAGCUGCAUGCGGGGACAAGACGUUUAUUAAGAUAGACGAGGCUCUCAUCAGUCCGAAGAUGCUCACUGAUUCACUUGUCUUUGCUGAUCAAUCUGAAAUAGGUAUCCUCCCAAAUGAUGAGACGGUAUCUUCAGUGAAAUGCUUGAUGCUGAAUCGUAAAGACGGCAGCUGUACCAGCUUUAUGGGUGCUGACCAGACUAGCUUCAAAGGAUGUAGUGUGUGUCUAGAUCCCUUCUACAGAGUUCUAUGGAGCUACAAUCCACUGCUUCAUCAGAUCCAGUGCUUUAACAUCCUCAAGACUGGUUCUUCCUUUCCUGCUUCCGCCGGCACCACCCUCCAGGAUCUACCCCCGGCCGCUUCCAUCCUCACCCCUCAGUUGGCCCUUCCCUGCACCCCUCACAUCCCCAUCGACGGCUCCCAGAUCGCACUCAACGUCCUGGCCUGCCUGGAUUCCUUGGUGGCCAGCCGGGAGUUGGGGCUCAGCAUCUCGGAGUCGGAGACUCAGGUCCAGACCGUUGCCAAGGUCUAUACCAAAGAAGACUUCAGUGUGGUCAACCGGUUUGAAGGUUAUGGAGGAGGAUGGGGUUACUCAGGUCAUUCCGUUGAAGCUGUACGAUUCUGUCCUGAUGCAGACAUCCUACUGGGUGGAUUUGGUCUGUUUGGUGGGAGAGGAGAGUAUAGUGCUAAGAUCAAGGUGUAUGAUCUUGGAACAAAAGGUGGAGAUUAUGAGCUGGAUGGAGAGUGGUUGGCAGAGAGUGAUGACAUCACCUUUGAUUGUGGAGCAAGAGAGAAGUUUCCUAUACUAUUUGAGGAGCCUGUACCGUUGACAGCCGGUAACUGGUACGUAGCGUGGGCUAGAGUUAAUGGACCAAGCAGUGAUUGUGGAUCUAGUGGCCAGGGUACUGUGACAACAGAGGAUCAAGUGUCGUUUCAGUUCAUGAGUUCCAAGAAAUCCAACAAUGGAACUGACAUCAAUGCAGGACAGAUUCCACAGAUACUCUAUAGGAUGCCGCAACCCGAUGCUUAUAAUUUCCGAGGUAAAUCAUCUCAUGGGGAGCCUGUUCACAUUCUCUCAUCAUCGUUCAGUAGCUCGGUAACACCGGAGGUGUUUGAAUCUCUCUUGAAACUGCUCCAAUGGAGCUGGACAACGUUCAAGAAGAAUGUGGAUGAGGUCUCGACGAAGAAGGACCAGGAACUCUUAAACGCGUGCAAUGAGUUAGACAGACUAGUUUACAUUGCUUCUGCCUGUCUUAGAUUACUAAGAAGUCAUGUGUGUGAAAUAUACCCUAAUCCAGGGACUGGGAAACGUCCGAAUAGCGGAUCAUCACAGCUCCCAGAAUGCAUCUCCAUGACCUGUGACCUUCUGAAGCGGAUUCUCGGUGAGCUGACAGAGAUGGAGCUACAGAGAGCUGCAGGAGAUGCUGGCAGGUCGUUGCUGACCCCUUCAUCUGAUACCGUUUCACACUGCCUCAGGAGGAUCAUGAGGGGCGUGGUCGAUGAGUGCCAUCGCACCUUUGUGCAUUGUUUCCAUGCCUUCUACCCUACACCACAACUCAAGUGGGUCUUUCUUUGUGAUCUCCUCAACUCCAGCAAAAAUUGUCUAGCCCCAGUUGCCAACGGACACCUUCUGGCCGCGGUGCUAGAAGCCCUGUGUGACUCGACGGUCAAACUGACCAAAGUCUUGCCCAUCCUGAGGGAACACCCAGACCAGAAUCCCCAGGACCAUAAUGGAGCAGCACGCCUUCCCGUUCCCUUCGCCAAACAGCUCUCCAUGGAGGAUUCACCCAGUGCUGCACAAGCUGAAGCAAGGGCUCAGUUUCCAGAGCUUGUAGUUCAUAUGGAAGAUAGAGUACAGGAUGAAGGUGUGAUAGCACUCAACACCAGUUUCCAAGAAAUCCUUGACAAGCUUCUCAUCCUCCUAACAACUCCAGUCAGAGAAGCCUUAGAUAAGAAGCAGCAGUGUUCUCCCUGCUCCCUUGUGAAGAAUGCCAGCAGACUACUAACAUGUAUCGUGAGUGAACUAUCAGCAAUGGCAUGUAUCAGCGAGAGCGACAAUCAGACCUCGGGACGCCCUCUAUUGACCACCCCAUCACGAUUCACGCGGGUGAGUCAGAACCGGGGUUGGAGUACCGGUAACGGCACCCCUGAUGCGGUUUGCUUCAGUGUUGACAAGCCUGGUAUCAUGGUAGCUGGCUUCUGCGUCUACGGAGGUGUAGGAUACUACAACUAUGAACUAGAACUGCUGGAUGGGAGCGAGGUGGGGCCAGAUGGUCACAGCCAACGAUGGAACUCGCUCGAGCUCGUCAAAGGGUCCUACGGUCAUCUUGACCUCGCCAAGGACAUUGCAGAGAUCAAGUUUGACCGUCCAGUCCCGGUCAAGGAAGGGGUCAAGUACGCGGUCAGGCUACGUAACCAUGGUAACAGGACGGUGAAUGGAGACGGUGGGAUGACCCAUGUGAAGUGUCCCGACGGAGUGACUUUCUCGUUUAGUUUAUGUAGAUUGAGUAGCAACGGAACAAGUCAAACAAGGGGGCAGAUACCUCAGAUUCUCUACUACAAUACUGCGGCAGAGAGUGAAACCCAGAGGGUUGAGCCUAAAUCACAGGUUAUUGAACAGCAAGCAAGGGUCAAUGUACUCUCCAUCAUGACAACCAUCGUCAAGGCAGCUAGUGAACUACUCAAGAAAACUGAUGGUUGCCAAGAUUUGGAGAUUCCUGCAAUUUUUACAUCAUCUCAUCUAUUCUCGCAGCUUCUACCUCUAGUCCUAGCUUAUAUUGGUCCUGUUACAUCAGCUGAUCCUAAGAGUGCUGUCCAGGUCUUAGAUCUCUUGAAGGACCUCCUCCCUCCAGUGGCUUCCAUCAAUCAACAGUUUGCCCCGCCCACUCCACCUGUCAAUCAAAGUACAGAUAGUUGCAAUGGCCAAUCAGCAGCUGACGUUCACACCAUCACCACCUCCAUGCAUUACGCUGUGGUGGAGAGCGACCAUCCCUAUAAGCCUGCCACUGUCGCAAAUUAUAAGGUGUGUUUCCCGGAUUCAGUGCAAUGGAUGUUACUGCAGUUUGAUCCUCAGUGUGGCACCGCUCAGCCAGAGGACAGUCUCCAACUCUACAUUCCAACCACCCAUCAGCACCUGACCAACGCGCCCCAAGCCAGCGCAUCCAUGUCUCCAUCUCCGGUUUCUUCCUCGUCGGCAACAGCGCCCUCUACGGUGACGGUUAGCCAGGUUGACAAGGGGCCGUCGGCCGCGAGGUCGUGGCCAGUCAUCAAGAAGUGCCACGGUAAAACCAACUGGCCUUCAUCGGCUGUUGUGCUACCAGGCAAUGAAGUAUCGUUUGUGCUUGGUACGGCAUCAGACUACGUGAAGGAUGAGAAAGCCAAUAUGUAUGGGUUCAAGUGCACCAUUAUAGGCUAUGAAUGGAUUCCAGCUUGUGAUGAGGGAUUGGUUAACCUUGAGAAAGAGAUUGCUUACCUUGGUGGUAUGUGUGCUGCAUCUAUGAUAAAGAAAGAUAUCAGUCUUCCUCCAUCGUCUGUUGAGACAGGAAACGAGGAGGUGGAACUCAUCACUGAAGCAGCUGAGGAGAUAUUCAGUAGUCAUGCAAGCCUCCUAUGCCGUGGGUUUGCCCUCGCCCAGCCUCCGACCAUCGAGCAAGCCUUGGAAGGAAACCUGCCAUUGAGUACCCAGUCAAAUGAGAGGGCUUUCCUCCGAGACUUUGUCAUGUGCGCACCCGGGACUAGUGGAGGUAGACUAGCGAGGUGGUUACAGCCAGAGUCGUAUGUAGAGCCUCGUCAGUGUGAUGUGAUAUUCACGCGAGAUGAGAUCAGAUGCAGUGUUCCAACUGUAGUGACUGUGCUGAGCAGAGACCAGUAUGGUGGACUGGUAUUUGUACCUGGUUUGAAGGUGGAAGUAGAAGCUGUCCCUGUCGGUAAGCGAGACCACCCCUACCAAUCCUCCAAGUUCCAGAAGACGCCCAACUCUGGGGACAAAGACUUGACCUUUGGGGGUCACAAGCCUCCGACCUUUGACACGGCCUUUGAGCCGGUGAUGAGGAGGGGGGUGUCGGUGUACAACUCCAUCACCAUGAUGAAGGAGUACGAGGAUUACUCCUUUGAGGAGCUGAGGUUUGCUUCUCUUCCAGUUACAAGACCCAAUGAAAGUAUGCUUGUCAGAGAUAACAAUGAUGGCAGCUAUACAGCAAACUGGACCCCAAGUUCAAUUGGACUCUAUUCAGUCCAUGUCACCAUAGAUGGACAUUCAUUAGAGGAUGUUCCUCAAGUAGAGGUUAACGACCCUCCCCAUGGUGUUCUUCCGCCCAAUUCCACACCCAAGAAGACCUCUCCACCUGUCAACAAGAUGAGGAAGCUCAUUGCCAAGUACUGCCGGGGGCUUCGGAUUAGGAGUGCGCCCUCUCUGCAGAGUGAACAGAUAGGGAUCGUUGACGUUGGCGGUGUUAUCGUCUUCACCGAAGAGCUCCAAAAUGAGGAUGGUAUUUGGGUGCGGCUGUCCCAAGAGAGCAUCAAGAAGUACUGUCCAGACAAUGGUCAUCGAGAGGGUUGGUGUCUUCUAUAUAAUCAGCACAUAGGCAAGACAUUCCUCUUCCCUGUUGAGGAGUCCAAGUCUAUUUAUGAUGACCGUCCCGAGAGAAGGGAAUCUCCAUCUGCCAGCGGCCUCAAGAGUUUGGAUCCUGACAGCCCUGCUCUUGUGAAGCCCAAAACAGGAGGUCCUGGGUUGUAUCAGGUGAUUAACUGUGGCCCGUCAGGUCAUAACAUCCGCUGUAGGGCCAGUCUGAAGGCCACGCCCAUUGGUAUGAUGGUGAUGGGAAACCAGGCUAAUGUCGUACAAGAGGUUCGGCUAGGUGACGGUUCCAUCUGGGUGAAACUAGACAAGGCCGGUAUGACCCGAUACUGCGAGAACACCAAGGGAGAAGCAUGGGCUCUGUCCUUCAGUAAAGGUGUCACCUACCUCUUGCAUGAGAAUGACCUGACUCUCACGGACAAGGAAAAGGCCAAGGCUGUGUCAGAGAACUUCUCCUUCUACUCCGUGUCGCAGGCAGGAAAAGGAGUCGUAGGUUUUGACUUCAAGAAUGCCCAGGGGCCACCUUCCUUAGGCUUUGCCCAAACGAAAGAUUUGGUACCAUACAUGUUUGGUGGUCAACCCACAGCCAAUGGUUCAAUAUCGCAUGAGAAUGGACAGCUUGAAGAUGAUGACGAUCCUUUUGAACGUUUUGCUUCUGUACCAGUGACUAAUCAUGUUGAUGAGUCAGGAAACAUUGUGAACUCCAAAGAGAAAGAGAACCUUGAUCCAGCAAAGGAAGCAUUAGAAAUCAAGAGAGAAUCAAGGUCGGAAGCAAGGAAGGAACCCAGAAAGGACUCGUCUCAGAGCAGUGAUGGUGUCGGUGUAAUUGGUAGUAAAAUAAGAUCUAAGAGCGUUGAUGGUAUGACGACAGCCGAGUCGGAGCUGGCAAGGAUGACAGCAGCUAGCAAUCAUCAGCCAUCCAGUCCGUUGCCGCACGGAAGUCCUCAGAGGUCAAGGUUCUCUAUCGGGACCUCUUCAAGUCAGCAAUCACCAAAGAGUAGCAUGUCUCCGAAGCCGGGGAGAAAGUCACGGUCUCCGUUUGGUCGGAGAGACAGAACUUUAUCACCUUCCAGCAAAGACAGGUCACCUGCGAGGUUCAAAGCAAGCAUCUUGAAGCAGGAGGCAGUGAAGGAAGUGGCUCAUACAGCCAUUGCAACGUCGGUGGCAGAGUGUGUACGAUGUGUGUUUGCAGCCUUUCUAUGGCAUGAGGGAUUAGUCCAUGAUGCCAUGGCUUGUGCAUCAUUUCUCAAGUUUAACCCAGGGAUGACCAAGCAAUCUACAUGUACCAUUAGUCCUCAGGAACCGGUCAACACUCAGAACAAAAGAGAACUCAAGCUAAAGAAUAGACACUCAAUGGAUCUUAGCAAGAGCAUGUCCGAUGGAAUCUUCUUCAGUUCGUCAGAGUUCUCCAUUCAGGAACACCCGCUUAAUCAAAAUAUAAUGUCAAACUGUCGGUUGAGCGAUAAGACUCUAGAAGAAGCCAAGAAAGGACUUGAGUCUGCUCCGGCUCCUCAAACAGUACCAACUUCACCUCUUGCCAAGUCUUUCAAUGCCAUCCCUUCCAGCGCACCUGAAAAUGAUGCAACAGCUGCGGUCAAAGCUGCGUCUGCAUUCCUGCCCCCUGCAUCACCCAAACACUCUCCAAAAACUGUUCCCAAACCUUCCCAUGAUGCAAUCGCAAAGAAGGUACAGCAAUCACCAAAGAAGCUUAUAAGUGCUGCAGAGAAAAAUCUGGACUUUGCCGAGAUGAGGGAAAGAUCGGCUACUGUCGGGGCAGAGUAUGCCACCAAGACUUCUCAAAAGGAGUCCGCCAAUAAGCUUGCCAAAGAUGCUGAAUCAAAACUAACAUUGCCAAUCACUCUCAAACAUCUUCUAACAUUCUGGGAUGAGUUGACAUCAACAACAGUCAAUAUUGCUUCCCAACAGGUCCUGCUUCCUAGCCCUGCCCCGAUCACCAAAACCAAAGCAAAGAUUGAGAAGAAGGAAGAGCGUCCCAUGCGGGAGAACAAAGGCAAGAAGCGCAGGGAGAAGUACUUUCGUGGCGGACAUGGUAACUUGUUUGGUGAAGCCGCAGGUGUCCAAGCAAGGAUGGGUGACUUUGAUAAGAUCUGUGACUUAUGCUUAGGAGUGUUUCCUCACCCUGUCACUUACCACAUGAGGCAAAUGCACCCAGGGUGUGGCAAAACUGCUUUGGGACAUGGGUACAACAGCAGUGGAGUCUAUAGGAAUGGCUUUGUCGGGAACUGCGGGGAGGGCGGUACGGUGGGGAGGGACUGGUACCUCAUGUGUGAACGUUGCAGAGAGAAAUACAUGCAUGAUGCAGAGGACAAGAACAAAGACAAAGCAAAGAAGGUCCGUAAGAAAGUACCGUCUCUGAAAGCCCCUCGUGUCCUGCCACCCCUCGAAGCCCACCAGGUCAUGAAGGCAAAUGCAAUGUUUCUACUGGACUUGGCCAGCGCCACCGGAUCCAUGUUUCCCAGCUCCAGCCCUAUGAGGAAGAUCACAAGGUUUGAUCUUCCUACGGUGUCAGAGUCGGAUUCGUUUAUGACGCAGUUUCCUGACACGACCUUCAGGUUCCUGAACGUCAUGGUGAGUCAAGGGUCAUCGGAUGAGUUCUCUGAUGUAGAUGAAGGUAUUGCAUCUUCAUCAGGUCCUCUUACUGGAAGUGUCUUCUCAGGGCAAGAUAUUCAUUCAAGUGCCUUCUCUCAUUCCCAUCCCAAGCAUGUCAACGCAACUUCAAUGGACCCUACCCAGCGCUUUGGUCAAUUCAGAUCUAUCUCCAUGAAUGCAUCGGGUUAUACUGCAGCACAGAGCGAUAGCAGGACCAAGGUUCGCAGGAGAAACAACAGCGGGAGCUCAGACGGGUCAUCCCUUCUUCGACGCCCGUCAGCCUUACUUGCUCGUUUGAUAGAGGGCCGUUCGGUAGGCUUGUCCACCCUCCAUCGUCCCGUCAUGCUGUUCAUUGCUCAGAGGCACGACCUUGAUGGUCUUCAGCUAGCUAUGAAGCAAGCACUCAGGAAGGGAGCGUGCCGGGUAUAUGCUAUGCAGGCUUUGAACUGGCUUCUAAGAAAUGUGACUCAGUUGACCUGUCUUCAUGAUCUUCUCUGGCACUUUGUCUCUGCCCUGACACCACCCGCGGGAGAAAAGGAGACGGAAGACGAUGGGGAUAGCGGCAAGGAUAAAGAGAAGGAGAAAGAGAAGGAUAAGAAAGAACCUGAGCAGGAGAUGGAUGGUCUAAUGUGUGAGCACCCGCUCUCUGACAUCACCAUCGCUGGCGAGGCAAUCCAACCCCUCCCUGCCACCUUCCACAACCUCCUCCAAACCAUCGCCACCGUCAUGAUGCACCUACCCACAGGGGGCGCCCUCCAGCAGAUGGCCAUGCGGUGCUGGUGUCUACGCUUCCGGCAGGCCGAUCAUGUGUUCUUGCAUCGCUCACAGGUGUUCAGUAACAUCAAUCAGAUCUUGUCUAAAUCCGAUGAGAGCGAAGGAGAUGGAGAGGGCAGCAUGACCGGUAGUCUGGUGUCCAUGACGGAAUCAACCGUUACCUCACAGAGUUCUGUGAAAGUGGAUCUGCUGCGGGAUAUCACUCACUCUGUAGAGCUCCAGGUGUCGAGCCGGGCGGCCAUGUUGCCCAGUCUCACAGACAGUUCUACAGAGACCUUCUGGGAGUCUGGAGACGAGGAUAGGAAUAGGAAUAAGUUUGUCACCAUCAUCGGGAACAAGGGAAUGAAUCUCAAGAUGGUCGCCAUACAUGUGGACAACUCAAGAGACUUAGGGAACAAGGUGACAUCAAUGACCUUCCUAUCGGGGUCCAGCGUAGAAUGCCUCCAGAAGAUUCAACAGUCGACCCUUGAUGCCAGGCAUACGGGAUGGGUGACCUGUGACCUCACUGGUUGUCUGGAUGGGUCAAAGGUCAUGCGUGUGGAGCUGAAGGGACCCGAUAGCCAUCUGAGGAUACGGCAGGUCAAAGUCCUCGGGGGAAGCAGAGGGGAGACUUUAUCAGCAGGUGCCCAGGUGUCAGCACUGAAUCUUCAGCAGCAGAACUGUGUCAGCGAGACCUUGAGGGUGUUCCGUCUCUUGACCUCACAGGUCUUCGGAAGGCUGCUCUCCGAUGAGGAACCAAUCACCAAAGAGAGUCAGAUUAUCAAACCUGGUGAUAUGCAAACGCCAGAAGAUGAGGACACUAAUGAUAGUGACUUGAAGGAACACAUGGUUGGAAUCCUCUUCAGUCGACCCAAACUCACCAACCUACAAAAACAGGUUUGUUCCCACAUUGUCCAAGCCAUUCGCAAGGAGACAAUCAAGAUGCAGGAUGAUUGGGAAGCCAGUCUGACAGCCACCAGUAAGCUGACUCCAUCCAGUACCCCAUCAUCAUCGGCUCCAUCAUCCUCCAUGGACCAAGUCGCCUCGACACCCGACGCAUACUGCUUCGAGCUCCUAUCCAUGGUCCUGGCCUUGAGUGGAUCCAGGGUAGGUCGGUGUUACGUGGCCCAGCAGGACGGACUGCUCCUGGACCUGGUCUCGCUCCUCCACACCGGCACACCUCGAGUCCAGAGGCAGGUGACGGCCGUCCUGCGAAGGUUCCUCCUGGAAAUUCCUCCAAAGCUCUUCAAGCAGAUCAUGGGUGUGAGCUGUCUUCCACCGGACGAUCUCAGCAUCCUGACCCAAGGCCUGUCAGAUAGGAAUCUGGACAACCCUGCAGAGGAUUAUCUAGGAGUCCUGGAUGUCUUCUUAGCAUGUGUGGCCAAGGCAUUGAUGGUUCAGACCAAAGUCAAAGGAGGAUGGCAGGCUGCGACGGGUAGAGGGACGGCAGAGUUUGGAGUUGGCAGAGGGGCACAUUCAUAUACCUUGGCCAAAUUACAACAGCAGAUGAGUACCGAGGAGUCACCAGCCAGGAGGUCCCGUAGCAAACAUUGGUGGUUGUGUGGUUCCAUGUCACACAACAUCGCAGAACAGAUCAUUGCUCUCAUCAAGGAUAUGUCAGCCGGUAAGAUCUCAUCAGAAUGGGCCAAAGUGACCAAAGGAGCCAUCGCGGAGAGAGUGCUGUCACUGACUAAACUUGAUGAAACCAAGAGGGCGCCAUCACUAUGUAUCAAGACAAAUACUCUGUGGUUAUCUCUAGCGUCACUCUGUGUACUGGAACAUGAACACGUUGAGAGAUUAUCAUCAAGUCAAUGGGCCCAAGGCAAGGACUCACCGGCUGCUAAACAAAAGCAACCAACAUGUGACAAUCAUGACGAUGGAGAAACGUCUGCUAUCAUCCAGUGUGAACACUGUGGGAACCUCUGUGCAGACUGUGAUAGGGUGCUUCAUCUACCCAAGAAACACAGGAAUCAUCAGAGAAAGGUUUUCAAAGAGGAGGAGGAAUCUAUACGUGUUGACCUCCAUGAAGGAUGUGGGCGAAGUAAGCUCUUCUGGGUCAUGACCCUCGCUGACUCCAAAACUCUCAAAGCUAUGGUGGAGUUCAAAGAGAUCACACCAGGUAACACAGCGUCAAGUGGUGGUGGAUCAGUUUCCAUGGGAACUUGUCGUUUCUGUGGAACUAAGACAUCCACAGGGAUCCUAGGGCCAGCAGGAAGUGUGUGCAAUGAUCCUGAUUGCCAGCGGUAUGCUGAUAACGCAUGUACCAAGGUGCAGUUGUGUGGUCACAUGUGUGGUGGUAUCCGUGAUGAAUCAGAUUGUUUACCUUGUCUCUAUGGUUGCAAUCCACCGUCUACGCUACGUCAGGAUGCAGAUGAUAUGUGUAUGAUAUGCUUCACGGAGGCUCUAGCCUGUGCUCCAGCCAUACAGCUGAACUGUGGGCAUGUCUUCCAUCAUCAUUGUUGUCAGGCAGUCUUAGAAGGGAAAUGGGUCGGUCCUCGAAUAACCUUUGGAUUCUCACUCUGCCCCAUCUGCAAGAUGAGCAUGAAGCACACUUCCUUGCAGGAUGUUCUGAAACCCAUCGAGCUUCUCCAUGAAGAUGUUAGACGUAAAGCCUUGAUGAGAGUGGAAUAUGAAGGUCUUCUGAAGAGUGAAGCGAUCACCACACCCGGCGCUAGGUUCUACAAUGAUCCUGCAGGCUUUGCUAUGAAUAGAUAUGCCUACUACGUCUGCUUCAAGUGUAAGAAGGCUUACUACGGAGGAGAGGCAAGAUGUGAUCAGGAAGCCGGGAUCCAAGAAGAUUACGACCCAUCAGAGCUGGUCUGUGGAGCAUGUUCCGAUGUCUCUAGGGCUCAGAUGUGUUCGAAGCAUGGUACUGAUUUCCUGGAGUACAAGUGUCGUUACUGCUGCUCAGUGGCAGUGUUCUUCUGCUUCGGUUCCACUCAUUUCUGCCAGGCUUGCCAUGAUGACUUUCAGAGCAUCACCACCAUUCCUAAGGCUGAACUGCCUCAUUGUCCAGCUGGUGCCCGAGCCAAGCAACUUGAAGGAGACGAAUGCCCACUCCAUGUUCAACAUCCACCAACAGGAGAAGAGUUUGCUUUGGGAUGUGGUGUGUGCAGGAACGCUCAUACGUUCUAGUUAUUCCACCAAGAGAGGGCGGCAAAACUUCAAGAAGGUUCCCAAACAGGCAGAGUCGCAUGUCACCUAUGUGUGCACAAAGUUAAGAAUGUUACUACUACUCUUCUCAUGAGCAGAUUGUGGAUAUGGUGUGUGUUGGAAGGCUCAGACAUUCUAGAGAUUCCACCAAGACAGGGUAGAACUUCAACUAAGAUCGGCAGAGGGUCACAAGAAUAUAAAUUAAUUCUCUUGACCCCACCCGUGUGAGCCCCAAACUUCAGGACCUCACUGAUAUGUAAUGAGCAGAGAAGAAUUUGGGAUAUGGUGGAUAAAGGGCCGCUCGUACAUGUUAGUAUUGCCACCUUGUUUGCUGAGAGUGCAGAAUAUCACCAAGAUCAACUGUGUUUCCAUCAAGAUCGAUCUGCAGGAAAUUUUCUUGUCGAUGUAGCAUGUGCCAUCUCCUGGAUUUCACCAAGAUGUCAGGGACACAGUUCUAUCAUCUGCAGGAGAGUACUCAGGACUUGUCCUGCUUUAAAGUGGUAGGCUUGAAUCAAAUUUUUGUACCUUGAAGAAAAAAUUAGUAAUGGAUUAGACAGAUUUCAUGUCUAUCAUGGCUCUCCAAUGUGGUACCUCCUUUGAACCAACCAGAGUGAUACUUGGUCAGUACCAUAUUGACACCACAUUGACACCACACUGUAUACUACACACUAAGGCCACACCAGAACACAAUUUUCGUGAUCACUUGGGUGUAAUAUCUUCAUAAGUUAUAAUGGCGUGAUUCUGAUAUGUAUCUCCACAACGUGCAACUCAGAAAUGUUUUAUUUUCAGGAUCAAAUAAUGAAAGAGUUCAUUUUACCGGUCAAGGUAAUUCUCUAACACAGUCUCAGCAUUAGCGUGAACCAAAGCUGUUCAAACACAUAGAAGUUUAUUUGUGGAUGGCGUUGAUAUUUUUGUUACUGACACUGCACUGAAUAUUUGCAAUUUGGACAGUUUACAUGCUGUGAAGCCUAUUUCCAUUGUGUACAAUGAAAACUCCAUGAUGUGAACAUAAGUCACUGUCAAAUUAUUUAUGUUUUUAUUGCAAUUUGAAUAAAACUCAUUGUUGGCAUAAAGACGAGUUCAGUGUGUUAUUUCAUUUUUAGGAAUCUUUUAUAGAUGUACAGUAUUAGCAGAAAGGUAGUUAUACUCUUGCAACCAAAGUCCAAAGAUAAUUCCAUGUUCGACAUGAAACAAGAAGUUGUUGGAGAAUAGAUAGGUCUUACAUGUAGUUUCAUGUCUCUAUCAAAUCAUCCUCGUGUAAUUCUGAAAUACAGGCUCUUCAUAAGAGAAAUGAAAUUAGAAGAUAUGUGUAAUUUUUUUUUUUUUUUCAAAACUAAGUCUGGCAAGAUCUUCAAGAUACAUCUAUUAAGUUAUUGAUUUGCUUUGAAAUAUUUAAAUUAUGUUGAUAUGUAUAUCUGCUUCUUACGCUAAAGAGUAGGUCAUUCAUUUAUGUGUUUCAUCUCUCCUAAAUGGCCAUUCCAAUAUGAAUUAAUUUGAUCUGCUUUUCCUACUAUUGUGAGAAUUGAAAUCAAAGACUCUAUAGUACAUGUAUGUUAAUGAGUUGUUAUAUGAUAGUUUAUGAAUCAAGUGAACUAACUUGGACUAUAAGAUGAAAAAAUGUAUUUCUGAUGCAGUAUUGUUAUGUUUUAAAAUCAGAAUCAUUGUUUGUUUUAAAAUAUUGAUUUGAAUCUACAGUAAAAGCACAUGAAUUAAAGUAAUUUUGGUGACAAACAUUAAUUCUUAAUACCAAUUCUUAACAUGCCGAUGUUGUCCAAUCGGCUAAAAAAAAUGCACAUGAAUUCCAUACAGCUACAAUUCAACUGUCAUAAAUUCCUGUGUGCUUGACUCUAAAAUGCCUUGAUUAGAUUCUCACAAUAUGAAUGUAUUUGAAAAAAAAAAGUGCUAUUAAUUACUUCAGUUUCUUCAAAGUGAUAUGAAAAAAGUGUGUUUAAAUCUAAUGAUGACAUUUUGAUUUGAUUUUUUUUUGUAAACAUGUAUACUCUGUGCAAUCAUAGUGUGAUAGACAAGUUUACUAUUUUCUAAGGUAGGUUGGAAUCUUCUAUACAGAGGGGCAUUGUAUUUUCUGUGUUCCAUUUAGGUGUUGAUGACUAAUUAACUGCAAUACCUGAUUUCUGUAUUAUUGUUGCUAUGCCAGGCAUGUCUUCAGGGCUCCGCAACACAUAUUUCUACGAUUGAUUGCGUUGACUACAAUUUACAAUCAAUCGUGAAAAUCGAGCAUAUGAUUAAUCGCUAACCUUUGUGUUACGGGACCCAGAAGGCUUCCAGGUUUUUGGGAGGUUAUAUCCGAAUACUCGACUAUAUUAGCAAACUGUUCUGUUAUUAAAGAUAUACCGAUAGUUUAGAAAUUUGAAUUUACCAUGGAUAAUUAUUGAAUAUAUCCUCAUCUUAACUUCAAUGCAAUGGGUUUGAAUGCUCAUGGCAGAAUGAAAUUUCUGACAGAAAUUGUGUUAUGGCUUUGCUUGUGUAUCUUUCUCUUUUGAGAAGGGAUUUAAGUGUAUAGACAUAGAAAAAUCUUGUCUAAACAUAACAUUUUCUAUGGAGUUUAUGCAGUUCAUGUGAUGUUGGAAUUUCUUUUAAAAAUGUCAAUACUCAUAGUGGGAAUUAAAAUUACAAAACAUAUAAAUUGCUAUGAAUUUAUACUUCAGUAUAUUUUGUCAUCGUAUUCUUCUUGUAUCAUUCAAAACUAGAUCGCUUCUUAUGACCAUUGAUUUUUAAUGAUGCCUGUUUGCUCGGUUAUGUGUGUCAAAAACAAGUGUACCAAAUAUUUUGUUGUAAUAUUCCAGUCAUAUUUUGCCAUGGUAACUAUCUUUUUCACAAUGAUAUAUGUACUACAAGAGGAUUGUAUACUAUGUUGCUGCAUUAUCUGUGUUGUCUCAAUGCAAACAUGCAAAGUUGCCUUGUUGAGAGUUUCAUCUAUAUUGUAUGUGCAGUUAACCAUGUGGCAUAUGAAUUUGAAUUAAACCUUUUAAAAUUCUUCAUAUUUUUUUUUGACAUGUUCAGAAACUUAACUUGUAUGCAUCCAGAGAAUGCACUUGUGGAGUGUUGUUAUGUACAUGUAAUUUACUUGGCAGCACACACCAUCAGCAUGAACAUAAAUGAGAUGUCCAAAUGUCAACAUUUCUUGGAAAUCAGUGGUCCAAUCUAUUAGGUGUUGUCAUCAGCUUCACCUUGUAUUCAAGAAAUGAAUGUAUGUUUUAGAACCUUACUUGAUAUAGGCCACAUGUGUAUGUUAUUUGUCUCUCUCAAAUAAAUCCAAGUCCAUCUAGUCUCAAAGAUAAUCUAUUUAUUGUGAAUAGGUUAUACACUAAACAUCUUUUAAGAAAUGAAUGUGUGUCAUAGAACAAGAUAUAGGCCUCAUUUAUAUGUAAUUUGUUUCUUCCAAAUGAAUCCAUAUCUAUCAAGUCUCUAACACCAUGCGAUUGUAGGAAAUAGGUCAUUUUUCUCUUUUAAGAAAUGAAUGUGUGUUAGGACCUGAUUACAUAUGCCACUUGAGUUUGUAAUUUGUCUCCUUCUAAAUGAAUUUGUGUAUUGCCUGUCUAAAAGACAUUAUGUCUCCCCUAAAAAUGAAUGUGUGUUUCAGAACCUGAUUAGAAAGGCCACUCAUGUGUAGUGACUGUGUCAGUUUGUCUCCCCAACAUGAAUUCAUGUAUAGCCUUUCUGAAAGACCAUCUGUUUGUAGGUAAGUUGUCUCUUUCUAAAAAUGAAUGUUUGUAUUAGAAACUGAGUUGAAAAGCCACAUGUGAAUACUGACCUUGUAUGUGUCACCCUCAAGAUUUAAAAAUAUGUUGUAAAACCUAACUAGAAAGGCCAUGUAGUUUGUAGUGACAAUGUAAAAAGUCCCUUUCAAGAAUUGAACGUGUGUUGAAGAUCUAUCUAGAAAGGUCAUCUUUGUAUUAUGACUGUAAUUUGCCUCCCCUUUAACAUAAAGUUAGCUAUUGAUCAUGGGGGUGAGUUCGCAUUGCUUAUUGUGUGUGAUUAAUUGUAAAAUUCAGCUUUAUGAUUAAUCGCUAAGCUUUAUCUUGCUUGGUCCAGGGUUGUGAAAGUUCACAUUUAGAGCUGGUUUAGCUCUUGUUUUUAUUAUUCAGCCUAUUUUCAGAGUUUUAUGUAUUUCCUCAUUACAAAAGGUAUAGGAGCUUUUGCAAUUUCAGCUCUAUUUAGUUUUGGGCACUCUCAGCCCUGCCCUAUCUUUAGCAUGCCUAAUAGGGCAUUUAUUUCUUCAGUGAUUACUGAAUGUAAUUCAUUUCCGUUACAUGUAAAUAAUGAAUGUGUGUUAUAGACUUUUCUACGAAGAUUUUCUAUAUCCAUUUACUAUAGUCUGUCACAGAACAAAUCUGUAAAGGCCCUCUGUCUAGAGUGGCCAUGCAUUUUGCCCCUUUAAAAGGGAGUAUGUGUAUUUCAUACCAAACUUGUUGCAUAGAUUGUUAUAAUUCACACAUAUUCCAUUAUUAAGGGUGACAUACAUGUAUGAUGUGGUAUCUUUAUUUGGAAUGUAUUAAUUUGAGUAUCAAUAUGUUGUUAAGUUACCAUAGUUUUUCUUUUUUCCUGUAGUGUGGAACUUGGCCUUUAAGCAGAAAGUUGUAUUAAUGUGUGUACUAGAUAUGUAGAUUAGAAGUGUACUGGUACAUCAUAUUUUCCAAUUUAAGAAGUAGAAAUUCUAUGUAAACCCUGAAGUAUCUCUUUGUUUAUGUGAAUCAACUCUUUUUUCAAAGGAAACUUUCUAGGUGAAUAGAUCUAGAUUCCAUGUGUUAUAAUUAACAUGAUGAGCAGUUGCUGCUUAUGCAGAAUUUAUGUUAUGCUUAAAGAGAUAUGUGUGAAUGAAUGGAUGGAUAAUGGUGAUGGUGGUGAUGAUGAUGAUGGUAAUGGUUGUGGUGGUGGUGAUGAUGGCAAUGAUGAUGGUGAAGAUGAUGAUGAUGAAACUGCUGCCUCUGCUCCUGAUGUUUAGGAUGAUGAUGAUGACGACGAUGAUGAUUUUCCGCUAUUAAUGUUUUUCCUCCUGGGCACCUACUGCUGAAUGUGUCCACUAGGUGACUCGUCGUAACAAACCACGUUGCAUCAUAUGAAGUAAUAGUGUACCAUAAAUCAGAAUAGUAUAUUUAUAGCUAAAAUUACACGAUGGAGUCUACAGUGUACAUACAUUGAUAUUUUGUGACAUUUGAUUGUGCAAGUUUUAAACAUGGUUAUGAAUAUGUUAACAUUUUUUUUUAUGUCUAACAUGUUCCUCUGUUGCAGAAGUGUUUUUUCAUAAUGAUCUAAUUGCAAUGGUGCAUACACAGUGAAAUCAAUUAUGUAUAUUACUUUUGAAUAUUCUCUAAGUUUUCAAAUACACUUGGCUUUAACCAGAGCACCAUUGAACUUUGAAGUAAAAAUGCAGGUAAUUGUUUUUCAUGUGCAAGUCAACGUUGCACAAUCUGCACAAAACUGUACAAGAGUAUCAAGUUUAUAUUGAAUAUGUGAUUAUUUUGGAAGGUGACAAAGCGGUCAUUUCACUGCAAUGAGGCUUAUUUGCUGCAUGUUUAUGUAGAAUCAUGUUUUUUGGUGUCUCUGCAUUUAUCUUCCUAAUGAUAGUAUUUUAGUAACUAAAUGAUAGUGACGUUUAUGUGAGCAGCAAUAGUAUGAUCACUUUGAUGGUAUUUGUAUGUGUAGAGUAUCAGUGAAUGUUCCAAUGUAUGGAAUUUUCACAAAAUAUGUUUAUUCAGUGUCUCCUAUUCUAGCUCAAAGGUAUUAUGAGAGUGAGAGAGAAAGAGAAAAACAAAUUGGUAUAAUUCUACCUUAAAAACAUGUUGUAUAUCGAUAUAAUAAAUGAAUAAACUCAAAUUUCUAUGACAACAUA